GUGAAUUGAAUGCGACCAAAACCCCACCUCCUUCCCCCCUUCCCUCCCCACCCCUGUCUCUCUCUAGCGCUCUCUCUCUCUCUCUCUCUCUCUAGCUUUGCCCUACAAAUAUGCCAAUGCUCCUCAAUUUCAAUCCCAACUUGUUCUUUGCACCCAACUUUUUCUACCCAAAGUUGGUCUUGCUUUGAAAACUCAAAAGAUCUGUGCGGGUUGAAAGAAGAAAAAAAACCCAACUCCUCUUUCAUUGACCCAUUCUCCUCCCCUUUGAAUUUUUACCCAGAAGAAAUUUCAGUUGGCCGUUGAAGAUACAUAGCCCAAAAUCUGGUUCUUUUUUGGUUUUCUAACUAAAAAAUUCGAUCUUUUGAUCUAUUGAUUUCCAGAUUCAGGUGUAAUCUUGGAUUUGAGGAAUAUAUAUUUCCAUGGGAGAAGCUCCAGCUCUCUUUGUAGAUCUGCUUAGUGAAUGCACCAAUGGGUUUGCAUUGAAAUCCAAAGGCUCACAAACGACCACCAUAGUCAGUGAUAAAACGUAUUUGAUUGGUGGCACUGAUGAUGAAUCAACAUCAACAAUUGAAGUUCAGAUCCUCGACAGAUCUACGGGGCAGUUGAUCGUUCCAAAGGUGCUGGGAACAAAGCCAAAGCAAUGUAAGGGACAUUCAGCUGUGCUUUUAAAUGAAGACCGGAUACUGAUUGUUAAGGGGGAUUCAUCUCCUGAUGAUUGCACUUGGUUUCUUGAGGUGGACACCAAAUUCGUUAAGCAGCAGAGGGAAAGUUUGGAAACUGAGGUGGUCGCGUGGAGUAAGGGAAUAAGAGGUGAAGCUGAGAAGCCCAUUGUUAUCAGUGGUCCUUCCGGUGUGGGUAAGGGUACACUAAUAGCCAAACUAAUGAAGGAGUUUCCAUCUAUGUUUGGAUUCUCUGUGAGCCACACAACCCGUGCUCCAAGGGAGAAGGAAAAAGACGGGUUUCAUUACCAUUUCACUGACCGAAGUGUUAUGGAAAAAGCGAUAAAAGAUGGGAAGUUCCUUGAGUUUGCUGCUGUUCAUGGAAACUUGUAUGGAACAAGUAUUGAAGCUGUUGAGGUGGUUGCAGAUGAAGGCAAGAGAUGCAUCCUUGACAUUGAUGUCCAAGGGGCACGGUCUGUGAGGGCUAGUACUCUUGAAGCCAUUUUUAUCUUUAUCUGCCCUCCAUCAUUUGAUGAGCUUGAGAAGCGCCUUCGUGAAAGAGGAACUGAGACAGAAGAGCAGAUCCAGAAGAGACUCCGAAAUGCUAAGGCAGAGCUUGAGCAAGGACAAUCGGGAGGCAUUUUUGACCAUAUCUUGGUCAACAAUGACCUCGAGGCUUGUUAUGAGAGUCUUAAGAAACUCUUGGGUCUCGAGGGAAUUGUUAGCACUACCCCUAAAUCAUUGUCUGAACUUGUAGAUCUUCCUGCGGUUCAUUCAGUGUGGAAGAUUGAUCAGAAAAUCCUUAUAAACUGCCGACCGGCAGAAGUUGAAAAGGCUUCAAAACAGUUGUUUGUACUCGAUGUAUCUACGCUUAAAGGAGGGGCACCGGGACGGACAAGAGGACUAAACUUGUAUGCCGUAGACACAUUUGCAAACGGCGUAGAUGGAAUGAAGCAGCUGUGAGAUAAUGGCGAUAAUGGCUCUACUCCCUACUUAACUCGUUAACGUGGUCCGUUGAAAUUCGACAUUUUUAUGACUUAACAAUAGAGGUAUGAACUAUAGAUGGGAUGUUUCAAAACCAUUGUUGUUCCCUUUUUCCUGCAUUCGUUGUUCUUAGACUCGGGAUGAUUUGGAGAACUAUACAUUCAAAGAAUUAUUUCCCUUUACGUGAGAAAUGAUCUGAUUCAUGAGACAUAUGACGGUACUUGUACGACAGUUUUUCGUACAUGGAAAAAGUAGUUAUUUCGUUUCUCC